UCGAUAUUAUUUUGUGAGAUAAUUUACAAUGCCGAAAUUUCUUGUUAAUGUCUGUGAAAUAGACUGCUAAUACCGCGAGAAGUAUACUGUUAUCACAAAAACGGCUCAGAAUUUUGCUGCUGCACCGGUAAUAUUAUUCAUCUGCUGCAGUUGAGAUCUAGCUCGAGAGUAUUUCCGUGAUAACUUCAAUUGUAAAUCUAGCAAGCAACUCCAGGAUGCAGUAUUAAUUUGCAACGACAUUCCAUCUGCACGUAGACGAUGCAGGUAGUGUGGCUCUAGCAGCUCGGUCUGCUUAGCAACACAGGAUGCUGCUAGCACUAAACAUUUAAUCCGUUCAAUUGUGUACCAGAACUCCAGUUUUUAAUGCGUUUUGUAUGGCUCAGUUAACUUAGUCGAACUGUAAGCAUAGGUUACAUUCUAAAGCCAUGGAGGACUACUAUGACGGUGCCUAUGUUAUGGAUGAUGAUGACAUGUACGAUUACGAUAGCGAGCGGAUAGUACCCGAUAGUAACACUGCCAAUUGGAGGGAUGUUUACGAUGGCUGUGUUUCACCUUCUCUCGUUCAGGUAUCCCGUUUCGUUGCUCCGUUUCUUAUGGCAAACAUGGCUCUUUGUCUGCUUUCGAAAGUACAAGGUCAUCUAAUGCCGUCUUAUCCUUCAAUUGUACAUUUUCUGAACCUCGGCUGUGGCAUCUAUCUACUAAGUACUGCCAUUAAUGAAGGAUACUGGUAUAUUUAUCUACCGCUAUUACCAGCAUAUUUGAUGCUUAAGUACUCUGCUAGAAGCAUACAGCGAAUUCGAUUUGAAUUGAUUCUGUCUGUGUUAUGCAUAGUGUAUCUUAUUGUAUGCGAACUGUACGAAAAAGACACUGACUUGUGGCAUCAUAUUCGAGGAGUAUUGAUGGUUAUUGUUAUGAAAAUCAUUUCGCUGGGGCAUGACACAAAAAGAGAUCCUGCGCUUAAAAAUCAACUAGACGUGUUGACAUUCUUAGGAUACAUUUGCUGUCCUGCGAACUGUAUCUUUGGACCAUGGACUUCGUUCAAAGAUUAUUUAGAUCAGCAAAGGAGAAAUACCAGAUUUACACUGAACUUGGAGUACUUUAUUCAGAUUGUGUUGAACUUGACGUUGGCAAUUGUGGGCUUACUCGUUUCAAAUUGUGUACAAGUUAUUUUCAUAUCGAAAAAUACGUGGAAAUGGAUUGCAGCAUAUUGUGGAGCAUUAUCUUUCCGAGCCAGUCACUAUUUUGUGUCCUUCGUAUCGCAAGCGACCAUGGUAUCAGCUGGGUACAACUCCGACGAUAAGCCUGUUUCAAAAUCAGCGCUCGGCAAACAUUCAGGUUUAUUCGGUUACACCGUGACGCUGCCUUGGCGCAUUGAAUUUCCAUGCUCAUUGGUCCACGUGGUGGUGGCAUGGAAUAUUCCCAUGCAUAAUUUCCUGAAACAAUAUGUCUUCCGCAUGCUGAAACCGUACGGCAUGUUUACCGCAAUUUUGCUCACCUAUGUAACUUCUUCGGUGCUACACGGAUUAAACUUCAAGAUGUGGGCUAUUCUGCUCACCCUCGGUAUUUGGAGUUACGUUGAAUAUAAUAUUCGGUGGAAGCUUGCACGCGCAUUCUCAGCCUGCGUUGCCAUUGGAAGGUGUAAUUCACCGUGCACGAAACACAAACUAGGAAAAACAGCUUUUCUGACGGUUGUGAUAAAUUUAACAUUCUUCUGUCUCACUGUCAUACAUCUGAUAUAUUUGGGUGCCCUACUCGAUACAUCAUCCGAAAUAUACAUUGAAGGGUUUUCCUUUUGGCAUGCCGUCCAUAAAUGGCAGGAGCUGCACUACCUUUCCCACUGGCUCCUUCUAUCUGGUUUAGUUUUCAAUUGGCUAAUUUAAAGUAGGGCCCUUCGGUUUAAACUGUGAGCUAAGUUAAUUUCAUUCAUUGGAAUGGCAGUCACAAACUGGAACCAUAUCAAUGCAAGAUCUGUACAAUUAUGUGUUUUUGAAGUUCAUUAGUUGUUUCAUUUCGUCCGGUUUUUAGAAUUUGCAUUUUCGUCCAUAUGGCAAUAAU